AUGAAAGACCAAGUGAUUGACACCCCAGUCUUUAGCAGUUGCUUAACCUCAUUAUCAAAGGAUCUAAACAAGAGUAGUUUCAAAUCUGUGAAAACUAAGGGAGGCCAGAAAAAAAGAAGUUCAAGUAAUGUAUUGAAAGACAUUACUAAUAUAGCACAUCUGAAGACAAGAAAUGCCAGUUCAUCAUCAUCUACAUUCAAUGCAUUCGAUGAAUCCAUAGAAGAAGAAGAUGAUAUAGUCGGAACUGAUUUGUUUGGAGGGAUCAUUGAUACCGAUAGCGAACAAGUCUUUGACUGUUCUUCUCUAGAAAACACUGAUACAGAAACUGAGGACUCGGAUUUAGAUGAUCAUAUGGAUUUUGAGCCAGAGGUUGAACCAAACGAGAGAGAGAGAAUAACACCUAAUUCAGAGCACACGGAUGUUGUUGUAAAGCCACCAAAAGCAGCUAAACAAAAGAUUUUAGUUGAAAACGGCUACUUAGAUGAAGGUGAUCCGGACUACAGUUGUUGUCAUUGUGGUGCUAUCAUGUGGUAUGGAGAGCGGCUAAACAAGCGUAGAAACGCAAAGAAUCCUAUAUUUUCACUAUGUUGUAUGCAAGGACAAGUGAAAUUGCCUUUGCUGAAGGAACCACCGACGGUUCUAAAAAAUCUCUUGCAAGGAGAUGACCCAAGGAGCAGACAUUUUCAGAAACAUAUUAGGCCAUACAAUAUGGUUUUUUCCUUCACUUCUCUAGGUGGAAGAGUAGAGAGGUCUCUCAAAAAAGGAAGGGGCCCUGAUAUGUUUCAGCUUCAAGGAGAAAAUUACCAUUUAUUGGGUGCUGGUAUAACACCACCUGAUGGAAGUGAACCAAAGUUUGGACAACUAUAUAUAGUUGACACAGAGAAUGAAGUUGAAAACAGGGCAAAGUGUAUAAGCUCUGGGAAACAUAAAAUUCAGGUGAAGAAAAAGGAUCAUCUCAGAAAAGAUAUUAUUGAGACUUUGAUGAAGAUGUUGAAUGAAGUCAAUCCAUAUGUUAAAAAGUUUAGAUCAGCAAGGGACCGCUUCAACACAGAUCCUGAUAAUUCUUUCCAUAUGAGGAUUGUCAGUGAGAGGUUAAAGGAUGGAAGGACAUAUGACACACCCUCAGCUUCAGAGGUUGCUGCGCUGAUUCCUGGUGAUUUUAGUCUUGAUAUGGACAAAAGGGAUAUUGUUCUACAACAUAAUUCUGGGAAACUGUUGAGAAUUAACGAGAUUCAUGCUUCCUAUCUUGCACUUCAGUAUCCGCUUUUGUUUACAUAUGGUGAAGAUGGAUUCAGACUUGGUAUUAAGAAAGGAGCAACAGCCAAGACAAAAAAACAUAAGAAGCCUAAUAUCAGUAUGAGGCAAUGGUUUGCUUUUCGUCUGCAUGAGCGCAAGAAUGAGUCUCACGCUCUCCUACAUUCUAGAAGGCUAUUUCAGCAGUUUGUGGUGGAUGCCUUCACAACUAUUGAGUCUAAUCGGCUGCGAUAUUUGAAGUUAAACCAGCCUUCUUUGCGAUCAGAUAGUUAUGACUCCAUUAAGGAGUCUGAGAACGCAGGCAAAGUGGACAUGAGUGAGCAAGGAUCUGAGUUUACAUUACCAGCUUCAUUUGUUGGGAGUCCUAGAUACAUGAAGAAUUGUUACUUGGAUGCUAUGGCAAUAUGUAAGCAUUUUGGAUUCCCUGAUUAUUUCAUCACUUUCACAUGUAAUCCAAAAUGGCCAGAGAUCAUGAGAUAUGUUAAGGCGAGGAAGCUAAAGGCUGAAGACAGAUCAGACAUUAUCUGUAGAAUUUUCAAGAUGAAGCUAGAUUCGUUGAUGGAUACUCUGACCAAGAAAAAUAUUUUGGGAGAGACUCACUCAUCUAUGUACACAAUUGAGUUCCAGAAACGUGGUUUGCCACAUGCUCACAUUCUCUUAUUCAUGAAGAAGGCAAAGAAGCUUACAACAGACGAUAUUGACAACAUCAUCUCUGCGGAGAUUCCUAACAAGAAGGAAGAACCAGAGCUGUAUGAAGUCAUUAAGGAUAUGAUGAUUCAUGGUCCAUGUGGGAGAGCUAAUACAAAUUCUCCAUGUAUGGAGAAUGGACGCUGCUCUAAGUCUUAUCCUAAAUCAUUUGCUGAGAAGACCACUAUCAAUAAAGAAGGAUUUCCGGUGUACAAAAGGCGUGAGCAGUCAGAGAACUUUGUUAUGAAGAGUGGAGUGAGAUGUGAUAAUCGUCAUGUUAUUCCUUAUAACCGGGAAUUAUCUCUUCUUUACAGAGCUCAUAUCAACGUAGAGUGGUGCAACCAAGUUGGGUCUAUAAAGUAUUUAUUCAAAUACAUUAACAAAGGACAGGACCGUGUCACAAUUGCGGUUGAACCCCCAGACAACUUGGUUGCAAGUGAGUUAGGAGAUGUUGAGCUUACUAAGGAGAAGCUUGACAAGAAAAGGAAUGAACUCAAGGAAUUCUUCGAUUGCAGAUACGUUUCGACAUGUGAAGGAACAUGGAGAGUCCUUGCAUUCCCUAUUCACUAUCGAGCAACUGCUGUUGAGAAACUUAGUUUCCAUCUCCCUGGAAAGCAAGUUAUUACAUUCAGAGGGAAAGACAAAUUGAAAAAGGUUGUCACCCGGAAACUCAUUGAAAAUACAAUGUUCCUAGCUUGGUUUGAGUUGAACAAGAUCGACUCCUUUGCAAGAACAUUGACCUAUGCUCAGAUCCCAAACUUCUAUACUUACGACAAAAAGGCAAAGAAGUUCAACAGGAGGAAACGGGGUUUUGCUUUGGGGAGGAUUAACUAUGCUCCAAGGACCCAGGAAGAUGCGUAUUACUUGCGUGUAUUGUUGAAUAUUGUUAGAGGACCAACCAGUUAUGAGGACAUUAAAACAUACGAAGAUGUUCUCUAUCCGAGCUACAAAGAAGCAUGCGGGGCUCGUGGGUUAUUAGAUGAUGAUCAGGAGUACAUUGAUGACAUAGUAAGAAGAAGUUUUGAUAGCACAGCAAGUGAGCUACGUAAAGUGUUUGUGAUGAUGCUUAUGAGUAACACUUUAUCUAAACCGGAGUCAGUUUGGGAAAACACUUGGAUGUUUUUGUCUGAAGAUAUUGAGCACUCUAUGAGAAGGAAUUUUAAUAGACCAGGUCUGUUGCUGAGUGAUGACGACAAAAAAAAGUAUGCUUUACUGGAGAUUGAAAAAAGCUUGAAACGAAAUGGAACUUCUCUAGCAAGAUUUGUAACUAUGCCUAAACUGCCAAAGACAAGUAGCCACGAUUCAAACGUCUUGGUGUUAGAUGAACGCAACUAUGAUCGAUCUGCUUUGUUAGAGACUCUGCAAAAUGAUCUACCAAAGAUGACUUGCGAGCAAAGAAAGAUAUAUGAGGAGAUUCUUUCUACUGUUAAUAAAGGAGAUGGUGGAAUGUUUUUUGUCAGUGGUUUUGGUGGAACAGGAAAAACUUUUCUUUGGAAAUUGCUUUCUGCAGCUAUCAGAUCAAGAGGAGAUAUUGUUCUAAACGUGGCUUCCAGCGGCAUUGCAUCACUGUUGUUGCCAGGUGGUCGGACGGCUCAUUCCAGAUUCAGUAUUCCUCUUAAUCCGGACGAAACUUCUACAUGUACUUUGGCGCAUGGAAGUGACCAAGCUAAUUUAGUGAAAGCAUCUUCACUUAUCAUUUGGGAUGAAGCACCUAUGAUGAGCAAAUAUUGUUUUGAGGCUUUGGAUAGAAGUUUAUCUGAUAUUGUUGGGAAACACGACACACAGCCAUUCGGUGGGAAGGUUGUCGUUUUUGGUGGUGAUUUUCGACAGGUUUUGCCUGUUAUAAAUGGUGCUGGUAGAGCCGAAGUAGCUAUGGCCUCACUUAACUCAUCAUAUCUUUGGAAGCGCUGCAGAUUACUCAAGCUCACCAAAAAUAUGAGAUUGCUAUCAGCAGGUUUGUCAGUAGCAGAGGCCAAGGAUCUUCAAGAAUUUUCAGAAUGGAUAUUAAAAGUUGGUGAGGGUAAACUAUCAGAGCCUAAUGAUGGUGAGGCAGAGAUAGAAAUUCCAGAUGAAUUUUUGAUUAAAGACUGUAAUGAUCCUAUAGAAGCAAUCUGCGAAGAGAUUUAUGGCACAGCAACUUCAUUGCAUGAAAAGAAAGAGCCAAAGUUUUUUCAAGAACGAGCUAUCCUCUGUCCAACUAAUGAAGAUGUUAACAGAGUUAAUGAAUAUAUGUUGGACAAACUACAGGGUCAGGAAAAAAUCUAUAGCAGUGCUGAUAGCAUCGAUCCGUCUGAUACAAGUUCUGCCAACAAUGAAGCUCUUAGUGCUGAUUUUCUAAACACAAUUAAGGUUUCUGGUUUACCAAACCAUAGUCUUAGACUAAAGGUUGGUUGUCCUGUUAUGGUUCUGAGAAACAUAGCACCUAAUGAUGGCUUAAUGAAUGGGACGAGACUGCAGAUCACUCAGCUAAUGGAUUUUAUGGUUCAAGCUAAAAUAUUAACAGGAGAGAGGGUUGGGGAGACAGUUGAUAUUCCUAGAUUGCUCAUAACCCCAUCAGACACCAGAUUGCCUUUCAAAAUGAGGAGAAGACAACUGCCUCUUGCUGUUGCUUUUGCAAUAACAAUAAACAAAAGUCAAGGCCAAUCUCUAUCUCAAGUAGGUCUUUAUCUACCAAGACCUGUUUUUUCACAUGGUUUCAGCCGUACGUUGGUUAUCUAUGUUGGAUGA